AUGGACGACCCCGAACAAGACAAGAUCGCUGACUCGAACCUCGUUGAGCACCCCGCUGGACUCAUCUACGACGAUAACGAGAGUGUUAGAGCUGGAUCUCUUGCAGCACUGGUGGAACAUCUUACUCAUCCAAACAAGCUAGAUGCAUCUUUCAACAGAAUAUUUCUCACGACAUAUACAUACUUCACUUCAGGGACGGAACUUGUCCAGCUGCUCAUUAGGAGGUAUGAUUGCGCACCGCCUGUCAAUCUAAACCCAAUGAAAGCAGCAGAAUGGUCAAGUCAGGCAAAGCCCUUGAUUCAGGUACGGGUGUUGGAUACCCUAAAUCAAUGGCUCGAAAAUUUCUGGACAUGGAAUGAGCCGAAAGGCCCUGAAACGCAUGAGAAUCUCCUAAAUCUCCAGUCAUUCGUUAGGGCCCUCGCGUCAAGUACACAGCAGCAGAAGCUUCAUGAAAUGACCCAUUGCCGACUUGUGGGCCUCGAGCCAGAGGGCAUGAGGAGGCCGCGUUCCCAGCCAUCAUCUAUCGCAACGUCCAGCUCAAGCUCAACCGCCCCCAAGCCAAUCCUGCCACGGAAGAUGAAACCGAAUAAGCUUCAAUUUCUCAAAAUUGAUGCCAGAGAGAUCGCGCGCCAACUAACCCUAAUGGAAUCAUGCAUCUUUGGUAAAGUACAGCCUAAUGAACUCAUGCAUAAAAACUGGCAAAGGAGGGAGAGCCAAGACGUGGCUCCCAAUGUCAGAGCCCUAAUUCAAUUCUUCAAUCAGCUCUCUGGUUGGGUUGGAGCCCUAGUACUUGCAGAAUCGGACUUGAAACCGCGGACGCAGGUUAUAGGGCACUUCAUUAAUGUCGCCAAUGCAUGUCAUGACCUUCAGAACUACUCAGCUGUUGUCUCCAUAUUGUCAGGUCUGCAGAGUGCACCUGUGUACCGGCUUGGUCGAACUUGGGCAAUGGUCACACAGCGUGACUGCGACAAACUUGAACCAUUACAAGCUAUGAUGUCGAGCGAACAAAACCAUCAGACUUAUCGGAAUAUCCUGCGGCGCGCAAUACCGCCAUGUAUCCCUUUUCUUGGCAUAUUCCUAAAAGACCUAGUCUUCAUCGAAGAUGGAAAUCCGGAACUAACGCCAGAUGAACGACUGAUCAAUUUCUCCAGAUACUCCAUGAUGGCAUCCACCAUCGAUACCGUUCAGCACUUUCAAGAAGCGAUGUACUGUUUACAGCCCGUACCAGAGCUGCAGGAAUACCUCGCGACGGAGCUGCAACGCGCGGUUAAUUCGGAGAGGCUGUGGGACAGAAGCUGUGAGCUGGAGCCGAGGGGUCGGUGGGAUAGGAAAAGAGAGCGAGAUACGUAUACUGCCACAGGGGGGAUGACAACUGCCAUGGUUGUUGCUUGCAUGGUAUUUGAUUGA